AUGAUACAGACCAUCCUUAGUAUCACCACUUCUCGCUCCUGGCCAAUCCACCAGCUGAAUGUGAAGAAUGAGUUUCUUCAUAGACACCUCAUGGAGACUGCCACGAGGGUGUGGUACCAGCAGUUCGCCUCCUUCCUUCGACAGCUCGGCUUCAUCGCCUCCACCUUCGACACCUACAAAGAGGGACCGAGCAUCGCCUACCUACUGCUCUACGUCGAUGACAUCGUCCUCAUCACCUCAUCCUUGACUCUUCUUCAGCACAUCAUGGGGCAUCUUCACUCUGAGUUUGCCAUGAUGGAUCUUGGUGACCUACACCACUUCCUUGGCAUCUUCAUCAUUCAUUCUACCCAGGGUCUAUUCCUGUCUCAGCGACAGUCCGCCCUGGAUCUUCUUAAACGUGCUGGCAUGGCUGAGUGUCACUCUAUAGCAACUCCCGUUGACACUCAUGCCAAGCUUUCGGUGUGCCUCUUCAUGCAUGACCUGUGCGAGCCCCGCAUGGCCUUAAUCAAGCGCAUCCUAUGCUAUGUGAAGGGCACGCUCUCCUCUGGGCUUCACAUCAUCAUCGGCCCUGUUCAAUCUCUGACUGCCUACUCUGACGCCAACUGGGCUUGCUGUCCGAACUCUAGACGCUCCAUCUCCAGCUUCAGCAUCUACCUCAGUGACAAUCUAUUGUCUUGGUCCUCCAAGUGCCAGUCCACGGUUUCUCAUUCCAAUGCUGAGGUGGAGUACCGGGCUGUGGCUCCUGCUGCGGCAUACUAUUGCUGGCUGCGUCAACUUCAUCAGGAGCUUCAUGUCCCGCUCGCUUCGGCCACUGUUGUCUACUAUGACAAUGUGAGUGCUGUCUACAUGACAACCAACCCGGUGCAUCAUUGGUGCACGAAGCACAUCGAGAUUGAUAUUCACUUUGCCCGUGAGAAAGUGGCCUUAGGUGAGGUCUGGGUCCUCCAUGUGCCGUCCUCUCACCAGUUCGCGGACAUCAUGAUGAAGGGCUUGCCAACUCCUUUGUUUACUGAGUUUAGGUCCAAUAUGUGCGUCUGUGAUCCUCCCACUUGGACUGCGGGCAAGUACUAG